AUGGCGGCGGCGGUGCUGAGGUCGCUUAGCAGGCUCGGACGUCCUUCAGCAAAACUAGCACUUAAUAGUAACGUGCUGAGCCCCGGCUGCACGCUGCUGCAAAGCAGGCAGAAACAAUGGCAGCCAGACGUGGAAUGGAUGGAGCAGUUUGCGGGGGCCGUUAUGUACCCCACUGCUGUUAACGAGAAAUGGACGCCACCCCCCUGGAACGACAAAGAUCCUCCUGCAGAGAAGGACGUGUCCAACCUGACCAUCAACUUUGGGCCGCAGCAUCCGGCAGCUCACGGCGUGCUGCGGCUGGUGUUGGAGCUCAGCGGAGAGUCCGUCAAAAAGUGCGACCCGCACAUCGGCCUGCUCCACCGCGGCACCGAGAAGCUCAUUGAGUACAAGACAUACCUGCAGGCUCUGCCGUACUUCGACCGGCUGGACUACGUCUCCAUGAUGUGCAACGAGCAGGCGUACUCUCUGGCUGUGGAGAAGCUGCUCAACAUCCAGGCUCCGCCCCGCGCUCAGUGGAUCAGAGUUCUGUAUGGAGAGUUGACCCGCAUCCUGAACCACAUCAUGGCCGUCACCACGCACGCCCUGGACAUCGGCGCCAUGACGCCCUUCUUCUGGAUGUUUGAGGAGAGGGAGAAGAUGUUUGAGUUCUACGAGCGGGUGUCAGGAGCCAGAAUGCACGCCGCCUACGUCCGGCCUGGAGGGGUUCAUCAGGACAUGCCUCUGGGUCUGAUGGAUGAUAUCUACGAGUGGUGCAAGAAUUUCUCGCUGCGCAUCGACGAGGUGGAGGAGAUGUUAACCAACAAUCGCAUUUGGAAGAACCGCACUGUAGGAAUCGGAGUGGUCACCUCCGAGGAGGCCCUGAACUACGGCUUCAGUGGAGUGAUGCUGCGAGGGUCGGGAAUCAAGUGGGACCUGAGGAAAUCGCAGCCGUACGACAAGUACGACGAGGUUGAAUUUGAUGUUCCUAUUGGAAGCAACGGAGACUGCUACGACAGAUAUCUGUGCCGGGUGGAGGAGAUGAGGCAGUCCCUGAGAAUCAUGCACGAGGCGCUCAACAAGAUGCCAGCGGGGGAGAUAAAGGUGGACGACGCCAAAGUGGCCCCGCCCAAGAGGUCUGAGAUGAAGACGUCGAUGGAGUCUCUCAUCCACCACUUUAAGCUGUACACCGAGGGCUACCAGGUCCCUCCGGGGUCCACGUACACGGCCGUGGAGGCCCCCAAGGGGGAGUUCGGGGUGUACCUGGUCUCUGACGGCUCCAGCAGACCCUAUCGCUGCAAGAUCAAAGCCCCCGGAUUCGCUCACUUGGCCGGUCUGGACAAAAUGGCCAAAGGACACAUGCUGGCCGAUGUGGUGGCCAUCAUCGGCACUCAGGAUAUCGUGUUCGGCGAGGUUGACCGUUAGUGCUGCGCUGCUAAUGAAGAGGGGAUGUGUUCACACAUCUCCAGACCAGCGCUUCCUGUUCUGUGUGAGGCUUUCAGUACACUCUGUUCACAGCCGCUGAUGUACAAAACAAACCCAAUAAAUAUUUUAUCCCUGCA